AUGGCGGUCCGGGCGUACGGCGCGUUGCUGGACGGCAUCUUGGCGGCGCGCGACGCGGGGGCGCUCCGGCGCGCCCACGGGAGGCUGGUGGCGGUGGGGCUCGCCCCGCACCCCUUCCUCCGCUGCAAGCUCCUCUCCGCCUACGCCGCCUGCUCCCGCCCCGCCGAGGCCCACCUCCUCCUCUCCUUCCUCUCUUCCUCCCACCGCCGCCCCCCUCUCUUCGCCCUCAACUCCCUCCUCCGCUCCUCCCCCUCCGCCUCCGCCUCCCUCCGCCUCUUCCGCCGCAUGCUCCUCCUCGGCCCCGGCCCCGACGCCCGCUCCUUCGCCGCCGCGCUCUCCUCCGCCGCCCCCUCCCUCCGCCUCGCCCGCCUCCUCCACGCCGCCGCCCUCGUCGCCGGCCUCCUCCGCGACCCCGUCCUCCCCCCCUCCCUCAUCUCCGCCUACUCCCGCGGCGGCGACCUCGCCUCCGCCCGCCGCGUGCUCGACGAAACGCCGCAGAGGGGCCGCACCCUCGCCGCGUGGACGGCCAUGAUCGCCGCGUGCGGGGCCCACGGGCGGGCGGCGGAGGCGGUGGAGAUCUUCGAGCGGGAGGCCGCGGGGGGCGGCGACGCGGCGGCGGCGACGGCGGUGCUGGCGGCGUGCGCGCGGGCGGGGAUGGUUGCGGCGGCGCGGAGGGUGUUCGCGCGGUUGGGGAGGCCCGCGCUGCAGCACUACACGUGCAUGGUGGAUGUGCUGGGGAGGGCGGGGCUCGUGGAGGAGGCGGAGGCGCUGAUCGCCGGGAUGGAGACCGAGCCCGACGACGCGCUCUGGGCGACGCUGCUCGGCGCCUGCAGGAUGCACGCUCGCCUCGACGUCGCCGAGCGCGUCGCCAACCGAGUCUACGGGCUCAAGCUCGCCUGAUUCUUCCUCCUUUUCCUUUUGUUUAUUCCUCUCUUUUUUCUUUAAACCGUGAUGCGUACUAAACCAUGAUUCUUCGCCAAGUUUCUUCCAGUUGUUGAUGUAUUAACAUUUAUUAGCCAAAAGAUUUCAAAAUCAAAAUUUCUCUCGUUUUCAUGCACAGUAUAAUAAUUUAAUUUCGUUCAUUAUUAUACGACUAUGGUUUUCAAUAAAUGUAGUGAUACAUUAUAUAGGAUAUUUAGUAAUUUAGAUCAAAUUAUGAUUUAGUCUAUUUAAUCACAGCUAUUUUAAUUGGGUUUAUUAAGAAUUCCUCAAAAAAGUUUCUGAGUUUUUUUUUUCUUUUUCCCCUCAAUCUUGUGUGAUAAUAAAUUACUCGAUUUUACAGGCCCAGGCUCGAGUCUGGGCCUUAACGCAACGGCCUUACAACACAAGCGGCCGCAAUUGCACCUGUUUGGCACCGUAACCAUGAGCCUGGGCCUUAGCCUGAUGGGUCCAGUAAAAAAUGAGAUUUUAAACCGACUUUAAUAUUGUAUCUUUUAUUUGAAAAAAUUAAAUUACUCUUGUAAAAACCCUUCUACACCGGAACCCUUGCAAACCUUCGCCUCAUCUCUCUUCGCCACCAUGAUAUGAUCGAUAAUCCAUGUUGAUUCUUACACAGCAUGAUUUUCUCUCUUCUCUCUCUUUUGAUUCUUACACUUCACUCUUCUUCUUUUCCUUUACCUUUUUUUUUCCAUCUAAAUUUUAAUUUGUAACCACAAGGAGAUCACAUUGAGCUUCAUCGCCAGCGCCAUGGAUACCGCCUCGAUCACUUCGAGCGCAAGCGGAAGGAGAAGGCGCGUCAAGUCCAUGAAAGAUCCAAUUUUCCCCAAAAGGCUCAUCAUGCAUGAAGAAUCUUCUUCUAGGAGAAAAGUUGAUGAUAAGGUUCUAGUAGGAGCUGUUCAUGCGCAUCUCCUUAGAUCGUGAUGUUACCACGCGCGCGAAGCAACAGUGUUAAACAGAAGAGGAAAGAGAAGGCCGGAAAAUGGGAAGUCCCUUUGCCACAGGUUAGGGCUGUUGCCGAAGAAGAGAAUGUUUAAAGUUGUCCACUCUGGCAAACGGAAAAGUUAACUUUUCUCAUCUUCUCUGUUCUCCAUCUUAUGAUACUUUUUAUUCAUCUUACUCAAUUAUUUAUAUUUUUCAUCUUGUUCGACUUGUUGGUGUGUUCGGCCAAGCAGUCGAAGAGAAUGCUAACCAAAGCCACAUUCGUCGGCCCGGGCUUUACGAGAAAA